ACAAGAGCAUAAUCAAAAGCCAGCAAAUUCAAUUAAAAUUGACACGUAGUACACCAUUCGCUCAUCAUUAGAGCACAUUGGACAUUCAAUUAAACGCUUUGACUUAUCAAUAUAGCGCUGUAGAAUAUUCAUUAGCACGAAGGAACAAUCAAGCGCACUUUAGUCGACAAUCAAUAGCAUUUAUUUAUGCCGCAUAACAAUCGGGAAUAUUCAAGCAGGAAUAACGUACAUUCAAUAAAAUCAAAUGAAGGAUCAUUAAAUGAACUUAAACAUAAUUUGCAUGAAAGAGAAGUGCGAUGUUGCAGUUGCAACAGACUAUUUCUCUUGAGACAUGCAGGUAUCUUUUGUACAUAGUAUAUAUUUGAAUAUUCUACAACGCUGUGGAUGAAUCAAACUGUGUUAUUAAUUGUCCAACGAGCUCUAAUGAUGAGCAAAUGGUGUACUUGUUGAAUAUGCUGUUUGAAAUUGAAUUCCAAAUAACAAUAACAAAGAUAUUAUGACGAAGACACAGCAAUGGCAUCAGUCUUGGUAAUUUUGCACAAAACAUGUCUUUCACAAUUCUAUAAAAUUAUCUUCUUGGUUUUCUUGCUUUCAAUGGCGUACUGGCUUGGUAGACGAAGUUGCAACGUCGAUAACCAAGUCUAUUUUCAGGAAGUGCGUCGUUCAACGGAGUACAGCGAGAAAGAAAUACAACAUAAAACAGCAAAAUUCAACAGAGAAGCAAGGAAACAAGCCAUGGAAAGAUGUUGUCAACGUAGAGACUCCUCGCGUGCGCUCACGUUGAAAGAGGAGGUGAAUGUCUUUACGCAUGUCAUUGUGGACAGGAAGAAUAAACUACUCUACUGCUACAUUCCAAAGGUCGCUUCAUCUAAUAUGAAAAGACUUAUGUUGACGUUACAGAACUUUACAAACGACAGCAACCUCAUCAAACACUUCAACAAACAGGGCUUCGAGUAUCUUUCCGACGUGGAUCCAACAGAACGAGUUGCAAUGUUGAAAUCGUAUUUCAAGUUCAUGUUCGUCCGAAAUCCUCAGUUGCGUUUGGUCUCCGCUUUUAAGAACAAAUUUCUCAAACCAAACACGGCAUUUCAAUUGAUGUACGGUCAAAAUAUUGUGUUUCGCUACCGCCGGCCUAGCAUGCCCAGAAAUCUCAUCAAAGGUGACGAUGUCACAUUUCAAGAGUUCACGCGCUAUCUUGUAGACAAAAAUCAUGAUAUGCUUACGACAAAUGAGCAUUGGAUGCCCAUGUACAAUCUCUGUCAACCUUGUUACAUCAAGUACGACUUCAUCGGCUCUUUUGAAGAGCUGGCCCUCGAUACGAGCGCUUUAUUAAAACAGAUACGAGCACCAAAACAUGCAAGUUUCCCAAGGAAACAAAAAAGCUACGGUAAGGCCAUCACGAAUACGGAGUACGCAAAUUUUUAUAAAAACCUGACGUUAUCGGAGUUUCAAUCGUUACGUAAGAGAUAUACUGACGAUUUCACUUGUUUCAAUUACAAGUUCAUCAACAAUCAGGAAUUAAAGCCAAAAUAAUACAAGAACGCUUGAAUAGCGGACCAACGGCAUGCGGUGAUGGUCACUCUCGCAAGAACCUUGUUGGAAUUGACCUUUCCAUGUUUAAUGUUAAUUUAAAGGCGAAAUAUUUGAGAAACUGUAAUCGUCAAAAUCACUCAACUAGUUAAUGCAAUAAUAGUAGUAAUACUCGUGGGAUUAUUUACAUGUACAUCAAUGUACUUUCACCAAUGAUAUUGUAUCAGAUCAUGUGAACACCUCGUACACGUCUGCCGAGGCAAUUUCGGCAAUAUGAACUAAUAAACAGAUACAAGUUGUGAGUCACUCUUCAGUCGCCUUCGAUUAUGAUUCGUCGCCCUUAUUCCAGGUUCAAUGAUCAUCAAACCAUUAUUUUUAGUAAUAUCUAGCUUUUAAAGAAAUGUCAAAUUUUGCGUGAUAAAAACUGAUGCCAGUAUCAGAAACAAUUGUCAAAUGAAAAAUAUCAGACUGGAAAGCAGCAAAUCA